AUGAUCGUGGUGUCCCUCGCCGUGGUGUCCAUCCUGGUCCUCCUCGCCUUCACUCGGUACCGCCAUCACUUCUUCCCGCUGCGUGUCAGCCUCCCUUGGCCGAAACGCCCGCGCCUAGACCCCAGUUACUACGACCCCGUUGAUGAGUCGCUCGGCCGAUGUUUAUCUCCACCCGGUCAUUUGCCUGACCACGAAGCGGCGGCCACAGUGGACCAGAAGACUGGCCAUUACUACUCUUCCGUCUACGAGGAGUGCCAACCGCUCGAUAGUCUGACCUGUACCACCAUUGCCAUAGCAACUGCUACCACGACGGUCAGCCUCGGCAAGAGCCCCGCUGCCUGGUCCCAGUUGGUCUGCUGUCCAGCCGUCAGGUCGGGUCGCUCGUCACUCCAGCCAUUCGGCAAGACCACCGGUGGCACCGAGCCGGACUCGGUCUCGAGUUCACCCGCGUCUCGGUUGUACAGCCAGCCGAGGCCAGCGGUUGCCGACGAGAUCGGAGUGAGUCGUCGAGACUGUGCUACGCCUGAGUCGAUGCUGGCGGCCAACCGAUCGUCCAGGCUUCCAGCAGAUGAGGCUGUCUGGGAGGAUGGGGGCAGUGGCAGCAGUCGUGAACUCUCCGGCUACUGGGCCUCAGGAAUGCUGAGUCAGCGGGUCAGGCCGGUCCGAGACGGUGCGGUGGAGCAGAUGAGCUCUCGGACAGUCGAUGCCAAUCGUUCCUGGUCCAUAGACUCUUCACACACCGACCGAGAAGUCACCACGCCGACCCAUUUCGAGGCCUGGCAGGCGUCCAUCAACCAACUGGUCUACGCGACCACCAUCCUCGGGACCGACCAGCAACUGGUCGACCGUCGGCCAAACGUCUGCCCACCGCCUCAGGCCUGGCUGGCAGAGACUGAUUGGCCCAGAUGUAUCUCGUUCCUGCCGGCCGGGCAGGCGGCCUCAUGCGUCCACAGUUUCAAGAAAUUUCGCCCCAACGACUCAUCAGAACGGCCGCAGAUGCCGACAGCUCUUGUGCCUGCCAACCUCAGUCAACAAAUGCACAAUCUCCACAGCCAUAGGGCAUAUCCCGAAGGGCUUCCUGAGCCGUCUUGUCAGGCAACGAGGCAUACGCCACUCUGGACGAGCGACGAGCCUGUAGAAUGGAUUGGAGAGGCUGAGUCUGAUAGAGAAAUGACGAAGUACAGGUCACCCGUCUGGAGAGAUGGGUUAAGUCUUACUGCUCACUCUGUGAUCACACAAAAUGGGCGGGCUGUACCUUCCCGACAGGGCCAGCCAGCGCUGUCACACCGAUCAGAAGACCUGAUAACGACCCCGGGAUCAUGCUCAAGUGCAGAACAUGUAAGUAGUAUUAUUGCAUUAUUGUGUUAUAUGUUGCCAUAA